CCUGCGCGACCCUGGCUCGGCCCGCUGCUCCCGUCAGCGGCCGGGGCGGGGCCGGCGGGGCGAGCCCGGGCCGGGGAAGAAGGAUGGCGGCGGCCGCGACUCAGGCCGCUUCGGAGCUGCUCUGCCCAGGCAGAUACUUCCAAAAAAUGCCUGAAAGACGCUUCAAGGUGUAGAAACUGUUACAGAAAAACACAACAUAUAGCUCUGGGACUUUUGGAGUUAAGCUAUCAAAAUGGCAGAAAAUAAAGAAAGUAAUAGUAAAAAUGUCGAUGUAAGACCCAAAACCACCCGUAGUAGGAGUGCAGACAGAAAGGAUGGUUACGUAUGGAGUGGAAAGAAGCUCUCAUGGUCAAAAAAGAAUGAGAAUUGUUCUGAUGGUGAAGCAGCAAGUAGUGUAGGAAAACCAGUGGCUGGUUUAAGGAGCCAAGAGAGGAAGCACAGCUGUUCAUCUAUUGAACUGGACUUAGAUCAUUCAUGUGGCCACAGAUUUUUAGGCCGGUCUCUUAAACAGAAAUUGCAAGAUGCUGUGGGACAGUGUUUUCCUAUAAAGAAUUGUAGCAGUCGGCACGCUUCGGUGCUUCCAUCAAAGAGAAAAAUUCAUAUCAGUGAAUUAAUGCUAGAUAAGUGUCCUUUCCCACCUCGAUCAGAGCUAGCUUUUCGAUGGCAUUUAAUUAAAAGACAUACUGCCCCCAUAAGUCAAAAAUCAGAAGAUUGGAUAAUCACUGAUUUAUCCCAAAGUGAAGAAACAGAUGAUCAGCUGAGAAUGGAGAGCACAGAUCGGGAAGGAAACACUUUCUCACAGCCAUGUGACAUUACAGAUAGCAACUCCUGUAAAUGUGAUCCUAGGACUGAAUCGGUUAUGAGUAAGGUGUUAAAGAACAAUAAAGAGGAGAGUGAUAUGGAUUCUGAUGAUGAAGUUGUAACACUUUGCACAAGUUCUAGAAAGAGGAACAAACCCAAAUGGGAAACGGAUGAUGAGCUGCUACAGUUGGAAACUCCUCCCAAAUACCAUACCCAGAUUGAUUACGUCCACUGUCUUGUCCCAGACCUUCUCCAGAUCAAUAAUAAUCCAUGCUACUGGGGUGUAAUGGACAAAUAUGCAGCUGAGGCACUACUAGAAGGAAAGCCAGAAGGAACUUUUUUAUUACGAGACUCUGCCCAAGAAGACUAUUUGUUUUCUGUUAGUUUUAGACGCUAUAGUCGUUCUCUUCAUGCAAGAAUUGAACAGUGGAAUCAUAACUUCAGCUUUGAUGCUCAUGAUCCUUGUGUCUUCCAUUCUCCUGACAUUACUGGUCUCUUAGAGCAUUAUAAAGACCCGAGCUCUUGUAUGUUCUUUGAACCACUUUUAUCCACUCCCUUAAACAGGACUUUUCCUUUUUCCCUUCAGCAUAUAUGCAGAACAGUUAUUUGCAACUCUACAACAUAUGAUGGCAUUGAUGCUCUUCCUAUUCCUCCAUCUGUCAAGUUAUAUCUGAAGGAAUAUCACUAUAAAUCAAAAGUUAGAGUACUCAGGAUUGAUGUACCAGAGCAACAAAGCUAGAAUGUAUUUUUUGGGGGGGAAUAGGGGUUGUCUCUUGGUCUGAAAACUUUUGUGUUGUCCUUCCUCCCUAUAAUUUUUUUUGUAUGGCAAUUUGAAUCUUUUCUGCAGAUUAUUUACAGUCCAAACUGACCUCUACCUGGGUCUUUCUGUCCAAAUGUACUUUGACUCUUCCUUCCACCCCUUUUUAGUCAACUCACUAGAGUCUGUGGUUUUUUGGUAAUGUUCAUACCCUAGGGUUUUAUGGAAUUUCAGGUAGGUUUUCUAGGGUUUCCACAUAAGGAUAGUCUUUAGAUUUAAAAAUAAAAAUUCAUAUUUGAAUUUGAUCUGUCUUUUUAUAUUGUAAUUUGCAUAUGUUGCAGGCAUGUUUGAAAUGUAUGCACUGUAAACUAAAGAUUGACUAAUCUGUAUUUUCUAUCUUUUAAAAUGAGUGCUAAUGACCUAUAUAUAAAGUAAAAUUAAUCAGUCUAUUUCUAACACUA